AUGUCUCAAAAGCGGACAUCUGUUGUUACCCUCCCGGAGGUUGAUUUGGCGCUUACGCAGUGGAUCAUUCAGAGGUUACAUCAGAACGUUCGUCUUACUGGGGAGGUUAUAUGCGCCAAGGGGCGCUACUUUUGUCAGAUGCUAGGCUAUUUGGAUACUCAGCUAAACUUUUCUCAUGGCUGGUUGGACCGUUUCAAAACUCGAUUGGGGCUUUCCUCGUUUACAUUCCACGGAGAUGCUGCCUCUGCAUCUCCAGUACAUAUUGAGGGUGAAAGAAUUCGCUUACGUGAAAUUCUUUCCCUCUAUGCCCCAUGGGAUAUCUACAAUAUUGAUGAGACUGGCCUGUUCUUUCGUCUUGUUCCAAGCCGUGGUUAUGCUACCCGUCAAAUGUCGGGAGUCAAGUCAGACAAGACUCGAAUUACCUACGCGUUUUGUGCGAAUAUGGAUGGCUCAGACAAACGAGUUCCUUUGAUCAUUGGUCGUGCAUGUCGUCCUCGAUGCUUCAAUGGCUCCCACGGCUCCGAUAUGGGAUACAAUUACUUCUGGAAUACCAAGGCUUGGAUGACCAGCCCAAUUUGGAACAUAUUCUUAACCGAGCUUAACGCUGAUAUGCAACACCAGGGGCGGCAUAUUUUGUUAUUAUGCGACAAUGCGCCAUCACACAAACACGACGUAACACACUACUCAAACAUCCGUAUCGAAUUCCUUGCGCCAAAUCUGACGGCAUGGGUUCAGCCAAUGGACGCAGGUAUUAUUCGAUGCUUCAAGGCAAUGUAUAAACGAGAGUUUAUUCGUCUUGCCAUUGCUCGUGACGAACACUCGAUUGCUGAUAUUUAUAAUAUCAGUCAACUACAAGCGAUGGAACUAGCGGAUAGAGCCUGGGCCAUGGUGACUCCUCAAACGAUAGUCAAUUGCUGGCGACAUACGGGGAUUUGUCCUCCCCAACACCUUUUGUUUAUUGAAUACUAUAGCCCAGGAGUGUUGGAUAGUCACCCAAAUACAACGUUGGAGCUCGAGACAGCGCUUCUGGAACAGGCUGCUGGCCUUCCUCACCUUGCUCACAGUCUGUUUCACGAAAUGCUCUCGGUGUUUGACGAAACCCCGCCAACCGAGCACGAGUGGACAGAUCUAGAAAUUGUGGAGCAGAUCAUCGCUGACCGUGAGUACCGAACGGGAAACCACGUCGAAGAUGAAGACAUCGACGCCUGGGGCGCUGAUGAUUUCCGACGCUUGAAUUUUUCACCAGACCAGGCUGGUUGGCAGUAUUAG